AUGAAACUUGGGCUCUACAUCUUCCUCCUCUCCCUAGUCACGUGGGCCGGGGCACAGCCCAGGGGACCCUCUGAGGAUGGGGCAAAAUCGCCAUCGUCGGACAGGCCACGGGGGCAACCGGAGCCCACCAACCUGAGCAUGCCUCUCCUGCCGGCGGACUUCCACGAGGAGAACACGGUAACGCACGACCUGAUGCUGGAGGAGGAGGAGGAAGAGGACUACCUGGACCUGGAGAAAAUCUUCAGCGACGACGACGACUACAUCGACAUCAUCGACGCCGUCUCGCCCACAGACCCGGAGGCCAAGCCGGGAAACCUCCUGGAGCUGUUCCAGGGCAAGAGCCGCAUCCAGAGGCUCAACAUCCUCAACGCCAAGUUCGCUUUCAACCUGUACCGGACCCUGAAGGAGGCGGCCGAGGCCAACGGCAACGUCCUCCUGGCCCCGGUGGGGGUCUCCACCGCCAUGGCCAUGAUCUCGCUGGGGCUCGGGGGCAGCACCCACGAGCAGGUCCACGCGGCCCUGCACUUCAAGGACUUCGUGAACGCCAGCAGCAAGUACGAGACGCAGACCGUGCACAACCUCUUCCGCAAGCUCACCCACCGGCUCUUCAGGAGGAACUUCGGCUACACUCUGCGCUCCGUGAACGAGCUCUACGUGCACAGGCGGAUCCCCAUCCUGGAGGCCUUCCAGGCCCAGAUGAAGGAGUAUUACUUUGCCGAGGCCCAGCGCGCCGACUUCUCGGAGCCGGCCUUCGUCAGCAAGGCCAACGAGCACAUCGUGAAGGUGACCAAAGGCCUGAUCAAGGACGCGCUGGGGAGCAUCGAGCCCCUCACCCAGAUGCUGAUCCUCAACUGCAUCUACUUCAAAGGUACCUGGGUGAACAAAUUCCCAGCGGAAAUGACGCAUAACUCUAAUUUCCGCCUCAAUGAGAAAGAGGUGGUCAAGGUCCCCAUGAUGCAGACCAAAGGCAACUUCCUGGUGGCCAACGACCAGGAGCUGGACUGCGAUGUGCUCCAGCUGCAGUACGUGGGCGGCAUCAGCAUGCUGAUCGUGAUGCCCCACAAGCUGGCGGGCAUGAGGGCCCUGGAGGCCCAGCUCAGCCCACAGGCGGUGGAGAGAUGGCAGAAAAGCAUGACCAACAG